AUGCUGAUCAUGCAAGGAGAAACUCCACGGGAUAUAGCUGAGAGAAAAGGUUUCCAUGAGGUAGCUGAGCUAUUGGACAACCCCCCUGUCACUCGAAUUCCUGUACAACAUAACCAAGAUUCUACAAAGAAGCAUCAUAAAGAUCAUAGCACAACUUCACAGGAGGGAAAGAAAGAGAAAAAGAAGAAGCACAAAUUUAGUAAGAAAUCUUCAAAGGUGCACUUUUCUGAUGGAAAGAAAAAGACAGCCAAAUGUGGGAAUAUCAGCCCUUAUGGCUGCCAUCAAUCUCCUGAUCCAGAAUCCUUUCCUUCUCUCAAGCUUAUGUCUUUACCUCAAGAACCGCUCAAAAGUGGUGAGCAGUAUUAUGCAGACCUUGCAGGCAACAUCAAAAAAGGACCUCGUGGUCUUGGCUACACAUGUUAUUGUGCGCCUUUUUUCCACCAUGUUGAAAGAAAAUUAGAUGCCCAGAAAAAGGAACUUCUUGAAAAACUAGAAGGCCAAGGCGAAAAUCUGGAAGCUAAGAUAAGAGGUCUUGAGAAAAGAACAAAAGAAAGGCUCUCUGGACUUGACCAAAGGGUAAAAGAAAGCCUUGCUGCUGAAAGGGGUGAAUGUGCUGAAAGAAUUGAUCGUAGACUUUUCCGUGAACGUUGUGAAUUAGACCAGAGACAAGAAAGGACUACAAGAGCUUUGCGCUCUGAAAUGAGAGCAUGGUCUAGAGGAGAAACAUCUGCUCAGAGUGGCUUAGAACCAGAGCACAAUAUUGACAUUCCUCUGCACAAUAACGGUGCAACAUUUUACUGUAAUAAGGAUUAUUCUCAAUGUGGGCUUUCUAGGUCUAAAUCAGAAGAUAUGUUGUCAGAUACUCAGAGUCAUCAAAAUAGCAUUUCUUUGGUUUCUGGUACUACUUCUCGAUUUUCUGGUCAUGGGAAAUUAUGGAAUGGUUCUGCUGCUGCAAAUAAACCAGAUAAUAAUUUAAGAACUGGGAAUUCCAAGCAUGAACAGUCUGUUUCUAGAUUAAAAAUGAAAUGCCUUGGUAAUUUUGACCUCAAACGUGAAAGUAGAAGUGAGGGUGAUCUUACUCGUUGUCAUAUAAUCUCAGAUCAAGAUUCAGAAUUGACAAACAAUAAUGUUGUGCAGAAUGAUAUGACAGUUAAAGCAUCUAGCAAAUACCCUUAUUCUCCUGAAUCCAAUAAUGAUGUAUCAGACUACAAUGGAACUCCAUAUGGUAGAAAUAUUUCGUUAAAUAAAAAUAUUCCAUCUAAUAUGAAUAUUUCUUUCAAGAACACUUUCAGGCCCAAAUCUAAACAACCAUCCAUUUCUAAGCCAACAAUAUUGAGUUCUAUGGACAAUCGUGGUACAUCGUAUGUCAAUGAUCCAUCUCAUUCUAUGAACAUCAAAUCUCCUUACCGAACAAAUCAUAAUCAUGACCAGAAUCAUAAAUCUGCUUUCCCAUUAGAAAAUAAUGAUGGCUCUAGCUUUGUUUAA